CCCUGUAAUCAAUCAUUCGGGAUAGUCACAUUCGAGUGAUAACGUUGGAAUUUAAUUAUAGAACCAAUAUUUGUACAGAUAAAUAAAUUAUUUCCUUUAAAAAAAUAAUUUGUAAUAUCAUUUCGAAAUUCUGACAACAAAUUGUCAAGAAAGCAACUCAUCUGUCAGUGCUGAUAACCAUAUCUAUUUAUAGCGAGGAAUUCCCACACCUCAAAACCAAAAAACCUCUUGGCGGAAUGAACGGAACGAUAAAAUUCCACUAAUAUCCCUGAAACAUUAACUUAUUAUGUGAUUGUAAGUCUAAAAUAACUGUAGGCAAAUUGUUACUAGUUUUGUAUAGUAGGUAUUGACAAACGAACUAAUAUUCGUUACAAAUGGCUAAUCAAGUUAUCUGUGAGCCUGAAGUCAGAUAACUCCAUUCGUCGAACGUCAUAAUCUCUUAGUCGAUGAGCGUGAUUUGCAAGCGGUGUGCUUGCUCCAUUACUGACAGUGAAUUGCACUCACAUGGCUUCCUGUGGCGAACGUCGGUCACCCAAUCCGAGUAGUCGGAUCGGACCAUUCAUUGGAUGAUCCCCAACCGGAAACAGAAGCUCAAAGGACGCCGAGGAUUUUUUUUCUGAGCGAUCAACAAAUCUGCAGAGUUUCGGCUCCCACCAUCAUGUCGACCAUGCUUUCGUCGUCGAUCUUCAGGUCCGGUCCACAGAGUGCUUACCAAAGAUACUUUCUGUUCGAUUCCGAAGAUGAGAAACACAUAUUACGCAACUCCUCGUCCUCCUCUGAACCGUUGGAUUUAUACGAGCAGUUCAGCAGUUCCCUAGACAGUUCCCCGCAGAGCGAGACAUUCAGCGACCACCUCCCUUGGUCUGUCAAUGAGUAUGGUUCCGACGACGACAUUUCCAGCCUCGCGGCAUCAUUACAAAACUCGCUACUUCUACAACAGAGACCGAUCAGAAAAAAGCCCAAGAGACCCCCUGAGGGGUAUUUAUGUCAUCUUUGCUUCUGCAAGGGACACUACAUCAAGGAUUGUCCACAGGCACGCCCAAAAGGUGAGGGUCUGACUCCCUACCAGGGUAAGAAGAGAUGCUUUGGCGAGUUCAAGUGUCCGCUCUGUAAGCGCAAGUGGAUGAGCGGGAACAGCUGGGCAAACAUGGGCCAGCAGUGUGUCAAAUGCUUCAUUAAUGUGUAUCCACACAAACAGCGCCCCCUGGACAAACCGGACGGCCUGGACGUGUCCGACCAGACCAAGGAACACCCUCAAGACCUUUGUGAGAAGUGUAAGGCACUUGGCUACUACUGUCGCAGGGCUCAACAGAGCUAGAAUUCUUAAACCAAAUUUUCACUCACAAAGGGAAACAGAGAUGGAGAGGGAAGCAGACGGGCGUGUGUGACGGGAGAUGCCAGCGAAGGGAGAGAAAGAAAAGUUCUGUUCCUUCCUUCUCUGCUUUCUUCUCUCUUCAUUCUGUUUUGUAUACACCUAAUUAAAUAAACGUUGUCAGUGCAAAUGGUGAAUGGCAGUCCCAAGACAGAACGGUGAUUAUAAAUGAACUCCAGAGAUGCCCGAGCUAUAUCGCUAGCUUUGGAUUAUUGUAUAAUUGAUCAAUGUUCUCCUGCUUUCGGUUGAGAUAUAAUGAGACGCAUGGUACCCUCCGGUCGUGGAAGUUCCAUUUGCCGAUUGCCAUUUGUUUUUUUUUUUCACUGAAAACGUUUUUUUUAAUUGGUGUAUACGCUGUAAGCAUUUUAAGUCUCCUCUUUUUUCUCAGUCUCUGUAUCCUUUAAUGUGAAAAGAGGCCUGUAAUUUCUGAAGGAUAAUGGAGUAUAGGCUAGACAACUAACUUGAACAUUAGUGUGACAUGCUUGUUAAAUUAAUAUAAAAUUGAGAAAGAAAUAGUAUAUUAGCUGUUGACAAUGCACUGCUGUGCAGUAUCUGACAAGGGUAUGCAUUCCCAGAUCAGCAGUGAGAAGGAAUUUUACAUUGACUGCUGUGUAGUCAGUAUAGAAGUAUUGAAUUAUUUUUUAAACCAGUUUUGCAGUUUUAUUACAAAAUUGGUGAAUUUAUUUUAAAGAUGAUGACCAUAUAAUUUGCAGGAUUUAUAUAUUUUUUUAACAAGUUCUUCUUUAUCAUUGAGGUACAGAAGCUUUUUAGAAGAUUUAGAAUUCAGAAACUUAAUAACAAGCUUAAACCCUCUUGAUUACACAGAAUGGGAUAAAAUCCCAUUAUGUUUAAAUACUGCACCACUAAAUACUCAGUUCUUUGAGUCAUACAACUUAAAAAAUAAAAAAGGUUCUCAUAAUGUAUUAUCUGGUGAGAAAUAACAUACUUAGUAGUGUGUUGAAUUUUAUCGUGCAAACUGUGAAUAAUCAUUCAGAAGUUUAUGAAAAUAUAGCUGUAUUUUUAAAUAAUGUAUCAAGGGUAUAUUUUGUUGCGGUGUUCAGCACUUAGAUGUAUGAUUGGAGCUUUAUAUUGCCACAAAUUCUUCGGUGUAAUAAAUUCAAAUACUUUUGAUAUUACUACAUUAUUUAGUAGUGUGUAAUAUUUUGCAUGCGGCAUUGGGUAAAAGAAAAUGGGGGUAAAAUCUUGUGCUGUUUUAGAAUAAAAAAAAAGUAUUAUUUUAUACAUCUUAAAUUAUCACUUUACAAUUGACAGUUACUUUGCUGUGAUCUUAUUGUUACUCAAAAGAAUAUUGCACUGUGCUUUUAGAUGUUUCAGGCAACAAUGAAAAUAAAGAUUGUGACCCCCAA